AUGACAUACGUCUCUAGCAUGGCCACUGUGCUCCUAGCAUAACAACUCGGAAGAGGGAAGAAAUAAGAGUGAAAUCUUAUUUUUUUUAAAGGAAUACAUUCACCUCGAUAAAAAAUGAGGAAAUCUCCAGCACCUUGUUACUCCUCCACUGCCAUGUGGUGAAGGACAGGGGUCAACCCUUGACCCUGAGGUGACCAGACUGUGAUUUAAACCUCCCCAGAGGAGGAGGAGGAGGAGGAGACAGACAUGCACCCGUACGGCUGUGAGGCAGAGACUUCCCUUCAGGAGCUGUUUGAUUUCUUCACCCGGUGUCUGCAGAAUGGGGAGUGGGAGCUGGCUGGAGCCUGUGUGCCUCAGCUGGGUGAUGCUGGAGGAAAGGUGGCAAAACAGCUACGGGACAUCAUCAAGGCCAUCGUCACCUACCCUUACCUGCUAGCAUGGGAGAAUGUGGGCAGCCCUCACAGACUGGCCUGGCUUUGGCUUCAAGUCCUGGAGAAAUGGACCAAGGAAGAGGUUUCGGUUUCAGUCAGGAGAGAACUGGACUUCCUGCUGCUUCUAGAGGAGAUGGGAGAGGAGGUGCCGGAGACGACGCUCAAGGAGCUCCACCAGGCCUUCCUAACCACCCAGGAGGAGAGAAAGGGACCCGGCGUUCCACCAGGGACAGGCGAUGCUCUGAGUCCAGGGAUAGAGUCCUGUCUCCGGGCCUUGUUGGACCAGAAAAGACCCAGAGUGGCCCAGGCUCUGGUCAGCUUCCUGGAGGACCACCCCAGGGAUGUUAAUACAGGGGACCACACCCUACAGGACACAUUCAUCAGAUACUUGAUGGAGAGACUGCAGCAUCCUGGUCCAGACCCAGAGGAGAUGGAGGGCUGGGCGGAGGAGGUGUGUGUGGUCCUGGGACUGAUGCCCUGGAGGUCGGAGCGAGGUGGAGGUGGAGGUGGAGGGGGCCAGCUGGAGGCCCUGUGUGAGGCCUUGUGGAGGGCCAGAGAGGGGCCCCUGAGAGAGGAGAGGGUCCUGAGCGCCCUGCUACGGCCCCACGGCCACGCCCUGCUCUCCCGCUACUGCUCCACAGCCCUCAGGAUGCACAGAGACAAGCUGCUGAGGGACACACCCAGCACACAGGUGGAUCUUCCUGAGGCGGAGAAGUUACUGCUGGGCUUGUGUUGUCAUGGGGACCGCGCCUCCGUCUGGAAAACCGUUUAUUUUGAGUGCCUUAGCAGCGGAAAGCACUUCCUUGAACGGGUCCUGGUGACUGCUCUGGACCUGGUGAAGAGGGAGGCGUUCUCUAGGCUGGAGGUUCUGCUGAAGGGGGAGUUCCAGCCUCUUUCUCGCCUCCUGCUCCUCCUGGGGUGGACUCAGUGCCAAAGCCUCCUCUCAGCUCAAACCCUGCUACGCCUCCUACACUAUGACCAGGCGCUGGCCAACGACUCUGUUCUGAGAGAGUUUGCCGACGGUCUGUCUUCUCAGUUGGGAGUGCUUGAGUGGUGUGCUGAGAACAACCCAGGGAUCCCCAGGGAGGCAUUGCUUGGCCAGCUGCACACACUGGACAGUCACUCAGCCCUGUACAUCCUUCACUCCCUCAUCCCUCUGGCCCAGUAUGAUGAACGCCUGGUACUGGACCUACUGAAUACACAGCCCAAACCCACCGGCGCAGAGGAGUUCAGUGGGGUGGUAGACAACCCCAGUGCUACGGUCCAGAGGAACCUGGUUCUGUACAGGGGGUUCUGUGCUAUGAAGUACGCCCUGUACGCCAUGUGUGUCACCGCUCACAAGUACAGUGGCUGCUCCGACUGUGGCACCACGCAGUCCACACACCAGAACCAGUCCACACACCAGAACCAGUCCACACCUGAGGCUGAGAAGGACCAGAGUCAGGCUUCAACCCCCCCCCAAGGCUGUCCUCCCCUGUUCCAGCUCUACCUGUCUGAGUGUCAGAUCUACCUGGAGGCAGUACCUGCUAUGUUCCGACUGGAACUACUAGAGAAUAUCUUCUCCCUACUCUUCCUGUCCAACGCUGACUUUACCCUCCACAACCACCAGGGGGCGACGACGAGCACAGGCCAGACUGACCAGACAGAACACUCUGAGGAGAAAGAAGAGAAGAGAAGAAAAGGAGAGGAGGAAGGGAAGAAUAGAAGGGACGGACAGGAAGAGAACAAAAGCUCAACCAAAGUAGGUGGAACAGGAGAAGAAGAUCACCACCAACCCCACAACCUCCCCUUCUCAGCGGCCCAACGGAGUCACCUUGAUCUGGGCCACUUGACGGCAGGCUGCAGGGGGUUCCUGGUGGACCUCGGGGCCAUGGAGGGGUUCCUGCGGCUGCUGAGGGAGAGUCUGGAGGGGGUGGUGGUAGUGGGUCAGCGGGCGGGCCUGGAGGAGGACAGGGCGCUGGCAGGGGAGGCGGAGGUGGCAGAGAGUCUGGGCUGCUCUGUGACGGCAGAGACGUUCGAGGCUCGGCUCCAGAGACUGUCCAAGAGGACUGCAGAGGCCCAGUGGAGACUACAGAUCAUCACCUCCAACCAGGACAGCGGCAACGUCUCAGACCACCCCCACCAGCUCCAGGCAUCUCCAGCAGCCAGUCCUGCCUCCUGUCUAAAACGAAGAAGCAGCAGUACUGGGGUCAGGAGGAGGAAGAAGCCUAGACGCCACCACUCUGACAGACUUCCCUCCACAGAGAUACACAACGGAGAGGUCAGCACCAGCCCCUCAGAUGGAGGUGGAGGAUUAGGGCGGUCAGAGUGGGAGGUGUGCCCCGGUGGAAGUCUUCAUAGCUGGGUGGUUCCGGCCAUGCUGUCUCCUCCCGAGUCCCUGCUCAUGGCCUGCAUCCGCCGGGGAAACUACAUGGAGGCACACCAGGUGUCUCUGAUGUUUGGCCUGGAGGGGUCAUCGUGCUGUGGGGAACUGGUCUUCAUGGAGCGGUACCGGGAGGUCCUGGAGGAGCUGGGUCGCGUGGAGCUGAAGAUCGAGACACACUCCUUAUCUUCAUCCUCCUCCUCCUCAGAGUGCCUGGGAGCGGCCGUGGCUCCCAGCCCGGGGCGGAGUCGGCUAGGAAGUAGUGGGCGUUCCACCCUGCAGGCUAUCGGCAGUGCUGCUGCUGCCGGCAUGGUGUUCUAUUCCAUCUCCGACGUGGCAGACCGUCUCCUCUCCACCCCUGGUCGCCCUGUUCCGUCUCUGGAGGAGGGCUACUGGCUGAGCCGCUGUGUCCUGGACCCCCCAGGGACAGGCCUCCUGCACACCCUCCUGGAGGAGCUCAGCCCCCCUGCCAUGGCUGCCUUCGACCUGGCCUGCUGUCACUGCCAGCUCUGGAAGACCUCCAGACAGCUACUGGACACGGCAGAGAGACGGCAACACAGCAGCCUGGAGGGGAGAGGACUGAGGGUGGAACCGAAGGUGAAACACUCCGAGGGUAUCCGAGGGUUUCCUGCGGUGCUCCAACAGAUUAGCAAGAUCCUCAGCCACACGUCUAGUCAUAGUGGCAAUAAGGGCCCCACCAAGACAGAAGCCGCUGUGGAGGACAACGCUUUGUCCAGUCCAUUAGGCUGCUGCAUACAGGAGGUGUUGCUGUGCUGCCACCCUGUGCUGAGUGAGGAAGGCAUCGCUACCCGGCUGAGCCUGGCACAGCACCUGGAGAUCACCCUGCAGACCCUGUCCACCGCUACAGACACCACAGUGGAGGGGCGUGCUGGUGGUGCCCUCUUAGCAGCGCUGGUGGAGCAGGCCAGUCUGAAACAGUCGGAGUUGGAAUCCCACCCGGUCCGCUCCUCCAUGAAGCAGCUGCUACGUUCCCUAGACCAGCUGUGUCCCUUGGAGCCCCAGGGCGCCCCCUGCAGGCCAGACUACAUGAGGAGCUUUGUGGACUACGUCAACACGCUGGCUUCGGUGUUAGUACGCAGCCUGGGAUCUGAAGACCAAUGCAGUGAGGUGAAGUUGGGGAACCCUCUGCUGGUGCUCCUCCAGGCUCCGUCUCAGCUGCUCUCUCACCUGCUGUUUGACCGACAGGUGGCUCCAGAUAGAGUGUUGUCUCUGUUGCAGCAGGAGGGUCUGCGUCUGAGUGUCCAGCAGGUGAUCGUGCAGCGCUGCUGUGAGGCUCUGCCUGUGUGGGACUGGUGCCCCGAACCAAAGAGGGAAGCUAGUCUCGGGGGAGAGGCUGGGCAGGGGCAAGGGCAGACCGUACCAGGGGAAGGGGUGUUUAGGACUGCCAGCCUGGCAGCGCUGCUGCAGCUACAUACCCAAGAACACAUGCCAACGCUGGGCAUUACCGAGCCUCAGUCCGACCCCCCAAGCUCUGAAUCCGAAGCCUCGCUGGAGGAUCUCCGAGCAACUACACCUCCCGUCCUCAUCUUGUCCAGCUCUUCUCUUUCACCUUCACGACCAGCUUCCUCCUCCUCUUCCUCCUCUUUUCUCCUCACACCAUCAGCCCUGUCCUUCCUCAAAUCCAGCUCCCCUCUCCUGGCCACCCUUGCCUGUCUGAGCGCCAGUCCAAGAGGCGCUGCCCGGGUACAGCCGUCCGGUUGGCUGGUGUUCCGGGGCGGGGGGCGUAAAGAGUGUGUGCUCGACGGGGAGCAGAUCUCCAGGGAGGGGGACAGCCUGCUCAGAGACUUCCCCAUCCUGAGGGCCUACCUGGGGGCCAUGGUUCAGCCUGUCCUGGGUACUUCGCUGGGGGCUGGGGAGGAGGGAGCCAGUGGUGGAGGCGCUGUAUGUCUUGGGGCAGCCCUCUGUGGUAAACCCCUGGUGUCUCUUCUCCUUUCGGGCCCUCAGGGGACACCUGCCCAGGCUGUGGCUAUGGAAGCCUUCCAGCAGGCCCUGGCCUCUCGGGACCUGGGCAGGGCUCUGAGCCUGCUGGAGCUCUAUGGACAAGGCAGCAGCCAGGAGGGGGUGCUCCGAGACAGGCUACUGGCCUGGGCUGCGCUGGGGGAUGGUGAAGACAGCAUAGGCCAGUUGUUCAGAGUACAGGACCCGUGUCUGAGGGCCCGUGUUGCCCUACAGGUCCUGGAGCGCUGGCCCCUGGGAUCCUCUCUGGAGCUGCUGGAGUUCUGCCUCAACAACCCCCACAUGGAGGCCUCUCUCAGGGGGGAGCUGGAGCUCAUGAAGCGGGAGCUGGACAUCUAUCAACGGAUGUUGAACCUGCAGCCUGCGUUGCCGUGGGUGACCUGGCAGGAGCUGAGGACAGAGUCCAGGAGAGACCCUGAGUCCAUGUUUUCUAGGAUGUUGGAAGCCAGGGAGUUUUCUCUAUGUGCAGAGUGGGUGGUGCUGUACUCUGUCUCAGACCACCUCAGACUACAGCUGCAGACUGAACACCUGCUACACCUGCUGGAGAAGGGACAGACUGACAACGCUUUCCAGCUGCUGGAGGGCCUUUCAGACUUAACCUUGGGUCUAGAGGUGUGUGAGCGCGCUCUGGACCGCCGGCCCGGAUUGGCUGCCUGCCACUUCCUGGCUAACUACCUCACUCUGCACUUCCAGAGCCAAGUGUCCCCCGCCCGCCGACGCCACAUCAACGACCUUCACCUGGGAUCCAAGGUCCUCCUCACCCUCCCCCCUAGUGCCAGACAGGACUACUUCCCUCUCCUCUCUGAGCCAUUAUUAAUGCUGGAACAGCUCCUGAUGAACCUGAAGGUGGACUGGGCUGAUUUGGCGGUGAGGACCUUACAGAACCUACUAGUAGGCCAGGAGGAUGGCUUCACCACCCAAGACAUAGACAGACUGCUCUCCAACUACGCCUGCAAGGCCCUGGACUUCCACUACGCACCCAGGGAGACGUCCCGCUCAGAUUCUGUGAUCAGUCUCCAGGAUGACCAGUGUCCAGCCCAGGACAGCUGUCCAUCUACCCCCUCUAGGAUGGAGACACCUCCACUUACUGCAGGCAGUACCCCCUUGCACACCUCGUCCUCCAGCAGUUCCCUGGACAGAGGGUCGACCAGCAGGAGAAUCCAGCGCUCCCCGGCCCAGUUCCAGCCCCCAGACAGCGCCCCGGUUCGUAAGGACUGGGUCCCAGACACCCAGCAGCAUGUCUGCAUGGUCUGCCAGCGAGAACGCUUCACCAUGUUCAACAGGCGUCACCACUGCAGGAGGUGUGGUCGUCUGGUGUGCCAUGCCUGCUCCGGCCACAAGAUGGCGGUAGAGGGCUGCACUGAAGAGGAGAAGGAAGUGCGUGUGUGUGACCAGUGCUACAUCUACUUCCAUCCAGAUUCUGAUGACGAGCUGGAGCACGCUGAAGUUGCAGGAGGUCCCGUGUCUACAGAGGGAGUGUUAGAUGGGAUGCUUCACCUGCCAGAGGUCACUCACCGUCAGUUUCACCUCAGCACCAAUCCUACAGACAACCUGCAGCUACAGACAGAGUUCUACUAUGAACAGGCUCCCAGUGCGUCUCUGUGUGUGGCCAUCCUGUCCCUCCAUAGCGACCAGACAGCCUGUGGACACCAGCUGAUUGGACACUGCCGCUCACUGUCCCGUAAACUAACCAAUCCCGAGGUGGACGCCCGCCUCCUCACCGACGUCAUGCGCCAGCUGCUGUUCAGCGCCAAACUGAUGUUCGUCAAGGUGGGCCGCAGCCAGGACCUGGCCCUGUGUGACAGCUACAUCAGUAAAGUAGACGUUCUGAAGAUCCUGGUAACGGCCAACUACAAGUACAUCCCUUCUCUGGAUGACAUCCUGGAGACGGCUGCUCUCACGCGGCUACGCAACCAGCUACUGGAGGCAGAGUAUUUUACGCUGGCUGUGGAGGUGUCCACUAAGAGUGGUCUGGACCCAGCUGGUGUUUGGCAGGCAUGGGGAAUGGCCUCCCUCAAGGCAGGGAACCUGACUGUUGCCAGGGAGAAGUUAUCUCGCUGUCUAAAGGCCCCGGUAGACAGGAACCAACUCAAUCUGGGCCCUCGACUGCUGCAGGAGAUUAUCUCUCAUCUAGAGAGCACCGUCAGACCCACUCUGGUCAUGUCUUUCAGUGAGGACAUCCUGUGGUCUCUGAGGGAGCUUGAGGAAGCUCUGUGUGAGCCUGGCGGAUCAGUGGACUGGCCUGAGGGGGGCCAUGGUGGUCAGGGUAGUAACCUGUAUCAAGAGAGCUUGUACUACCUGUCCAGCUACGGGACUCACCUGGCCCUGGUCUCCUUCCUGAUGAGACACGACAACAUGAAGGACGCCCUGCAGCACCUGCUCAGCAAGGAGUGUCCAGAGGAGGUGUUCCUGGAGGGCGUGCUGCAGCCUAGUCUGGAGAGGGGUCGUCUGGGGGUGCUGCAGGGGUUGCUAGAGACCCUGGACCCAGGCCUGGAGGUCUGCAGCCGAUACCUCCUCUCCUCCUGUCAACUGCUGCAGCGACGAGGACACUUCCACACACUAUACCAGCUACAACAGUUCAUGAUGGACCACGUGCGAGCGGCCAUGACGUGUAUCCGGUUCUUCACCCACGGGGUCGUGUCCUACGCACAGCUGGGAGACCAGCGGAGAUGGCUGGUUCGGGCCAAGGAGCACCUCAGAACCUACCUUCAGGAGCAACAGGGAGCACGCACCAGGAAGAGGAGCACAACCAACUCCUUCAGAAAGAAGAUGGCUUCCAGUGACGUGUCCAGACACAUGAACACCAUAGAGCUCCAACUGGAGGUGACUCGGUUCCUCCAUCACUGUGAAACGUCCAGCUCCUCCACGCCUCCCCUCACCUCCUCUGCCUCCUCCACGCCUCCCCUCACCUCCUCCGCCAACUCUCCUCCCACUCUGUUCGGCCCCAGUGCUAUGAAGAUCGACGUAGCCUGCAAGGUGAUGUUGGGGGGAAAGAACAUUGAAGAGGGGUUUGGUAUCGCGUACCGAGUCAUACAGGACUUCCAGCUGGAGGCGUUGGCGGUGUACGUGCGAGCGGGACGGAGGCUGGUGCGGCAGCGGCAGUUCAAGGCCGUGCGCCAGCUGCUGAAGUGUGUUGGCGAGUCGGGAACCGCCACCAAGAACGACUGUGAUGUCAUCAUCCUCAGCUGUGUCUCCAUCGCAGAUAAGGGGCCCACAGACGCCAAGGAGUUGGAGAGUCUCAUUCUGGAGACAAAGAACACAGAGAACAAGAUCAAGGCCUACCUCCAGGUGAGUAAACUGCGAGCGGCCUAUCUCCUAGCUGUAAAACUGGAUACAGCCAGGGCAGGGCCGCUGGUUCAGGAAGUCCUCCAGGCAGCAGAGGGCGUCGGAGACUCUGUCAUGCAGGACAUCUGUUGCCAGUGGCUGUCUGAGCACAAGGACGCGGACAGGGACAGGACGCCGCCGCCAGGGGCUAAAAAACAGGUCCGACCCAACGCCAGGUAACCCCAUGGGGUAUACGCACCAAACAGAAGAAAACGGACUGAAACAGGAAUGGACUGCCAGGACUCGUCCAAUAAGAAAUGAUCGUUUUAGUUCUCUUUUGCAAAAUGAUUAAAAUGUUGUCCGUUUGUUGUGUGCCCCUAAUGAACACGACCCUGGCACGGCUGAAGUUGAGGCUACAACAUGGGGAAACAGACAUAAUCAGGGAAUAACAGAUAGCACUUCAACCAUAAAUACCAGGAGUGAUAACACAGAGACACCUUGCCUGGACUCUGCCUGUGACUGUGUGUGGGGUUGUUAGUGACUUCCUCCUCCUCUCUGAAAGUAGUGAAACACCGUUGUGCCAACUCUCUCAUCUGGAGAGGUGACUGACUACAGACAGACAAGACUGUCUCAAUCUCCACUGGAGAGGUGACUGACUACAGCCAGACAAGACUGUCUCAAUCUCCACUGGAGAGGUGACUGACUACAGACAGACAAGACUGUCUCAAUCUCCACUGGAGAGGUGACUGACUACAGCCAGACAAGACUGUCUCAAUCUCCACUGGAGAGGUGACUGACUACAGACAAGACAAGACUGUCUCAAUCUCCACUGGAGAGGUGACUGACUACAGCCAGACAAGACUGUCUCAAUCUCCACUGGAGAGGUGACUGACUACAGACAGACAAGACUGUCUCAAUCUCCACUGGAGAGGUGACUGACUACAGCCAGACAAGACUGUCUCAAUCUCCACUGGAGAGGUGACUGACUACAGCCAGACAAGACUGUCUCAAUCUCCACUGGAGAGGUGACUGACUACAGCCAGACAAGACUGUCUCAAUCUCCACUGGAGAGGUGACUGACUACAGACAAGACUGUCUCAACCUCCACUGGAGAGGUGACUGACUACAGACAAGACUGUCUCAAUCUCCACUGGAGAGGUGACUGACUACAGCCAGACAAGACUGUCUCAAUCUCCACUGGAGAGGUGACUGACUACAGACAAGACUGUCUCAACCUCCACUGGAGAGGUGACUGACUACAGCCAGACAAGACUGUCUCAAUCUCCACUGGAGAGGUGACUGACUACAGACAAGACAAGACUGUCUCAACCUCCACUGGAGAGGUGACUGACUACAGACAAGACAAGACUGUCUCAAUCUCCACUGGAGAGGUGACUGACUACAGCCAGACAAGACUGUCUCAAUCUUCACUGGAGAGGUGACUGACUACAGCCAGACAAGACUGUCUCCACCUCCACUGGAGAGGUGACUGACUACAGACAGACAAGACUGUCUCAACCUCCACUGGAGAGGUGACUGACUACAGCCAGACAAGACUGUCUCAACCUCCACUGAAGAGGUGACUGACUACAGCCAGACAAGACUGUCUCAAUCUCCACUGGAGAGGUGACUGACUACAGCCAGACAAGACUGUCUCAAUCUCCACUGGAGAGGUGACUGACUACAGCCAGACAAGACUGUCUCAAUCUCCACUGGAGAGGUGACUGACUACAGCCAGACAAGACUGUCUCAAUCUUCACUGGAGAGGUGACUGACUACAGCCAGACAAGACUGUCUCCACCUCCACUGGAGAGGUGACUGACUACAGACAGACAAGACUGUCUCAACCUCCACUGGAGAGGUGACUGACUACAGCCAGACAAGACUGUCUCAACCUCCACUGAAGAGGUGACUGACUACAGCCAGACAAGACUGUCUCAAUCUCCACUGGAGAGGUGACUGACUACAGCCAGACAAGACUGUCUCAAUCUCCACUGGAGAGGUGACUGACUACAGCCAGACAAGACUGUCUCAAUCUCCACUGGAGAGGUGACUGACUACAGCCAGACAAGACUGUCUCAAUCUCCACUGGAGAGGUGACUGACUACAGACAAGACUGUCUCAAUCUCCACUGGAGAGGUGACUGACUACAGACAGACAAGACUGUCUCAAUCUCCACUGGAGAGGUGACUGACUACAGACAGACAAGACUGUCUCAAUCUCCACUGGAGAGGUGACUGACUACAGACAAGACUGUCUCAACCUCCACUGUAGAGGGAUGAAUCGAACCACACUGAAUUGUGAGUUCUUGACCACUUGAUCACUUUAUCUAGUAAAACUGAAGUCUGGGGUAAGCACAGAUGAGACAUAUCUCAUAGUUAUAGCACAAUCAGUAGUACGAUAGUUCAUAGUUUUAUCUCCUACCUCAGUUAAAAGGGAUUGAUCUUUUUUUUUCACUAACCUUGGAAUAUAUUUCUUUGGGACGAAUACACAACUUGAUGUGAUGUUAAAGAAGUUGGCUUUUCCCCAUUUUAGAUGUUCUUCCUCUUUUAUGCUGUUAGUUGAAAUGAUAAUGAAAACCUGUGAAGCAGGUUAAAGUAAAGUACCACCUGAUAUCAGAAAAUCAGUGCUGGUGUACAAGCCUGUCAGAGCUUUAAAGAAGAUAUACAAGUGAAGAUAUAUUGAUUACUUAAAGAGUUUCUGAAGUUUUGAAAGUAAUAGGAGUGUGGGUUUCAUUAGAAGGGUUGGUCUGUUGUGUUACUGUCUUAUCAGCUCGACUUGCCACUAGUUACCCCCCCCCCCUAAAAUGUCUGCCCAAGGAGCAAUUUUCCUAGCCUGUUUUUUUUGUUGCUAACAUUCCACUUCUGAUACUCCGUGUCAUGUGUCUGGCCGUGGCAAGGACACAGAGUGGCAAGAAGUGGAAUGUUAGCACAAACUGUUACCCAGGCUAGCAAUUUCCUGAAUCUCUCUUGCUUUCUCCCUCAAAGGGAAGCUACAGGACACCACAGGACAUCUGGGGUACGUAAAGGGCAUCCAAAAAUAUCUAGAAUAAAGAUUAGCUUUAUAUAGAACAAAGCUAAAUCUUGGAACGAGUUGGAUUUAGUAAGGGAUAUGUUUUAGGUCCUUAAACACUGUUUUUUAAUUCUAAAUCAUGAUAAAGAGGCUCUACCUUACGUUUCUGGUCAAUAUUAUUAUCCUGAAAGCCUAUCGUAUCUGUCUGUAUCAUAUCUGUCUGUAUCGUAUCCGUCUGUAUCAUAUCUGUCUGUAUCAUAUCUGUCUGUAUCAAAUCAAAUGUUAUUUGUCACAUACACGUGUUUAGCAGAUGUUAUAGCGGGUGUAGCGAAAUGUUUGUGCUUCUAGCUCCGACAGUGCAGUAAUAUCUAACAUGUAAUAUCUAACAGUAUCAUGUGUGUGUGUUUAUGGUAUCUGUCUUUGACCAGGAACCACGUGCUGUGACCACGUUUUGUAUCAUUUGCACUUAUUCCUGUUGUUCGGGUAUGUGACAUCUGUGUGUGACUUUGUGUGCGCAUCCCAAAUUAGCACCCUAUUCCCUAUAUAGUGCACUACUUUACACCACAGUCCUAUAGACCCCUGGUCAAAAGUAGUGCACUAAACAGGGUGUUGUUUGGGACGCGGCCUUUAACCUCUGACCUCUGUGUGUCCAAUGUGAAGGUCAGAUGCGUUAUAGGCCUUCUGUCAGUGUGACGUUCUUAAGUGUAUAAAACACGUACUUCAAUCAAUCAAGAGAUGUCACAUUAGAAAAGGGAUUUUUGUUGCCAUAUUUGUUAUAACCAUGAUAAAUUUAACAACACAUUG